AUGCUCAACCCCAAGCUACUGGCUGUCUACGCCGCCGUGGUUGGCGCCGUCACUGAGGCGUUGGUGACGUCUGACCCGGCAACUGUAGUGUACUCGUUGUCCACGUUUGCCAUCGGUGACUGGGGAACUACGACGUUCAAGGGCUCGUGCUGCUCCCGCUCCGACACUUACAGCAACUACGACAUUGUCGCGGAGGAUGUCGUGGCCAGCUUGAUGAACACUGAAGCUGGUAAUGCAGCCGUCAAACCCAAGGUCAUCAUCGGACACGGCGACAACUUCUAUUGGACGGGUAUCAACAGCCUUGAGGGCCGCGACUCGCGCUUCACCACGACGUUUGAGGACAAGUUCAAAGGUGACAAUAUCAAGACCAUUCCAUGGGUAAACGUUAUGGGCAACCACGACUACGGCGGCUCGAGCUACAUCUGCAGCAGCGGGGACAACAAUGCCAAGUGCGAGAGCACCGAGGCGCUGAUCCAGGGGCUGGAGAACAAAUUCAAGUGGCAGGCGGAGUACACCAGUCCCAAUGACAACCGGUGGAUCCUGGAGGACCAUUUCUACGUCCACCGCAUUGAGGACGCGGCAACGGGGGUCAGUAUUGACAUCUUCAACGUGGACACGAACGACGCCGAUAUCCACGGCGCCAUGCAGAUCUGCUGCCAGUGCUACGGCUACUCGAACGGUGACAGCGCCACCUGUAAGAGUGUUGGCCCUGGACACAAGUACUGUGCUGGUGGGAAUACCGCUGAGUACGAGGCUUGUUACAAUAGGUUCGCGGAAUGGGGCGAAGACUCACGCGCGCAGAUCGCGGACAAGGUCAAGCAGUCCACCGCGACCUGGAAGAUCGUCAACAGCCAUUACAGUGUGUACAACCACUACGUCGAAGCGGGCAUGAACAAGUGGUUCGACGUUCUCCGGGACUCCGGAAUCCACGUGUGGCUUAACGGCCACACGCACGGUGAAAAGCACGACUACUCCGAGUCGCUGGGUAUCCACUUCGUGGAGAACGGUGCCGGCGGUGGUAUCCAGAAGGAGUCUGCGAGCGGCAUCCCGGCUUACGCGGCUCCGUUCGUCAAGAACGAGUGGACCUACUCGAGCGACGAGUACGGCUUCAUGUCGCUCCAGGCGUCCAAGGAGUGGAUCAAGCUGCAGUAUCACACGGCGGACCAGUCUUGGGAGUUCGGAGAGAGCUUCAACGGCACGAAGGUGGGCGGCGUCGCCACCAAGCACUGCUGGUACAUCCCUGCUGACGGCACGGAAGGCCGGGGGUGCUAA